CGUUUUAAAAGCUCUUUGGCUUGGUGCAAACCCACCAAUCAGCGUUCAGGGUGAAACAUCAUGUGAUGAGAAAGGGCCGCGACUUUAGAUGUCAGGAAAUCUGUUCGGGAGUGGAGGAGGAAAAAAACAAAACAAAACAAAACAACGAAAGAACAAGGUGUAGAAGGUCAUCACCAUGUCUGGAUCAAGGGACCCAAAUUUACUCGCUCAGACGAUUGGCUCAAACAUCCAGAACAUAACACAGCAGACGUCUGAAAUCCAGAGGAUAGUCACCCAACUCGGAACAGAUAGAGACACGCCGGAUCUCCGGCAGCGACUGCAGCAGAAACAGCAGUAUGCGAACCAGCUGGCUAAAGAAACGGAUAAAUGCCUGAAGGAGUUCAGCUCAUUACCAGUCACUCAUGAUCAGCGACAGAGGAAGAUUCAGCGAGAGCGGCUCGUCAACGAUUUCUCCAACGCACUGGCACUUUUACAGAAAACCCAGAGAGAAGCUGCGCAGAAAGAGAAAGAGUUUGUGGCCAGAGUUCGAGCGAGUUCAAGAGUUUCGAGUGGUUUUGCUGAUGAUACAUUUGGAGGAAACGCUGCACCUUUUGAGAGUGAGACCCAGGCUCAGACACAAAGCUACGAUGAAGGCAUCACUGAGGAGGAUUUGCAUCUCAUUCAUGAGCGAGAAACGGCCAUCAGACAGCUGGAGUCGGACAUCACGGACAUCAAUGAAAUCUUCAAAGAUCUGGCCGUCAUGGUGCACGAACAGGGGGAUAUGAUCGACAGCAUAGAGGCUAAUGUAGAAAAUGCUGAAGUGCACGUUCAGUCUGCAACACAGCAGCUCGCCAGUGCUGCGAAUUACCAGCAAAAGUCUCGUAAGAAGAUGUGCAUCCUGAUUGUAGUCCUGGCUGUGGCGAUUGUGAUCAUUUCCCUCAUCAUCUGGGGUUCGCUUAAAGGAUAAAACUUCUAAAUUCACCUGAAUUGUCACAAGUGAACACUGAAAAACCAAACAAAAUUUGUUUCCUGGUCUUUUUUUUUUUUUUUUCUGUGAUGUAAAAGGUUGGUGUGAGUAAACGGGGGGAAAAAAAAAACAUCUUUACAAGCAUGAAAAACUCGUUUAUAAUGUCACGGUAACAUCACACACCAUAUAGAAACAAAAAAAUAUACAUUUUCUAAGCAAUGAUUAGUCAUUAUUUGAUGUUUGAAUCUCCAAAUCUUUACAAGUUUAAUUUAUUCAACAUAAAUAAUAAUCGUAAAUAAAUCUCAUCCCUAUCCUUCUGGAAUGCCAAGUAUUUUUUAUUUUUUAAACGUAAUUCCAUCUGAUGCUCAGCUAAUAAUAAUGAACUAACAUUGGAUACUAGCUUUAACUUUAACACAUUUUAACAGAUAAAUACAAAUAUAAUUAAUAAAAUAAUUUUAAGACUACUUUGUGGUAGUGUUACUAAAAAAAUAACAAGCGCUAGCAUUUUUCCACAUUCAACAUAUCGUGCUAGAGUUUCUGCUUUAAUGUUCACUUCACACAUUUCUUGCCAUAAUAUCAUGAGAGACUAUUUACAAUUAACACUAUCCAAAUGAUAAGUUUAACUUCUUAUAAUUAUUAUUAAACAGAACCUCUAAUGACUAGCAUUCGCUAGGAGAUUCAGGCUAGGAUACUUAAUUAAAAACUAGAAACUUAGGUUGCUUCGUGCAACCUGUUCUUCUGAACGUUCGAAUUAAUUCUACCAUUCUUACUUUAAUUGAAAUUUACCUUGUGCUUCAGACUAAUUUUACCAAUAAGCAAUGAAAAAUUCUAGCAUUAACCUUUAAUUGCUAAUUAAACUAACACAAUGGGAACAUUUUAUAAUGUAUAUAAAAACAAUUACUAGUGUUAAGAAAUUGGGACUGGAUAUCAGUUGAAGGAAUGUGUAUUUUAAUUAUUUCUGAAUGUUCUUUGUUGAAAUUGAACCAGAUUUAUAUUAAAAUAUGAAGUUUUGAGUAGAAAAGGCUUUGGUCUGGAACAGAAUCUGACACAACAUUGUAAAUUUUUUCUCUGCUUGUGUUUAUGCUGCAGGUUUUUGGAUUUCAGUGAGUAAAAAAGUCUUAGUCUAGGUUUUAGCUAAAGUGGGAAUAAAAUGCGCCUCGUCUGAAAUAUGAAAUAUAAUCUUAAUUAAUUAAUAUGACACAAAUGAACUUUAUCGAUUUAUUAUCUUUGUAAUUCAGUUGUUAUUUAAUAAUUAAUAAGAGUUCACCUGUAUUAAAUAGCCCCUUGCAACACUAUGGCUAAUGCUAAUUAUAAGUAAUAAUAAUAAUACGUAUAUACAUGCAUGACCUCCACCACAGAACUUUAUUCAAUGUCCAAAGUGUUUUUUUUUUUUUUUUUUUUUUUUAAUUUUAUU